AUGUUACAAUUAGAAAAAUUGUGUUUAGAUAAUUUUGAUAGUAAAAUUAAAGAACCUGAGGAAGAAGUUCCUGGCCUUAAUUUUAUAAUUGACUGUGGUUUAAUACCGUCAAGUGAUAGUAAACCUUGUUUUGUACCUGAUUGUGAUGGUACAAUGGUACUGAGAAAUUCACAUCAUUCAGUACUUAAAAAGGCCUUUAUUUGCAACAAACGUAACUGUCACAAUGUUAAUUUUGGGCAAAACUCGUGCAACUGUUGCUUUCGAGCUCUUAGAAUGAUUUGCUACAAUGUUCUAAACAAAAAUCCAAUUCGUAUUGGGGGGAGAGGGCAUAUUGUCGAAAUUGAUGAAACCAUGAUUCACAAGUUGAAAUACAAUCGAGGACGUUUGACAACCGAUCAAGCAAAUCAAGUCUGGCUUUUUGGAGGAAUUGAUCGCGAGUCGAGAUUGUGUUUCGCAGAAAUAGUGGAGACCAGAGAUGCUAAGACAUUAUUAAGUGUUUUGCAAAAACAUGUAGAGUUAGGGACAAUUUAUUCUGAUGGUUGGGCAGCUUAUAAUUGUUUAAGUGCAAAUGGCUACUACCAUGAUUUCGUCAACCAUUCAGAAAAUUUCCUUAAACCAUCAGAUAAUAACGUGCAUACUCAGAAGAUUGAAAGGACCUGGAAAUCAUUCAAAGAAUUUUUACCCAAAUCAUCGAAUGGACCUAAUCGUCAAGAUUAUCUUAUUGAAUGGCUUUAUAAAUCUAGAUUUCAUAGUCGAAACGAGCGUAGCCUUAAUUUCCUAACAACUCUUGAGCAUCUUAAAAACGACCCUUUUUCCCGCGAUUCAUUUGAUUCCUUUGAUUAUGAAAACGACCCACUGAUGAAAUGAAAUAAACCUUUAACAUAUGUGUAAUUAAAGUAAGUCUAUUUCAAAUGAUAAUCCAAUAUAGAGUGUUAAAUUUAAUCCAAUUGUCGAAGUUAAUGUUUUUGUUUACGCCGACAACAGAGGGAGUUUAAGUAUAAGCCGAGAAGUGAAGAAGAGAAGUGAGCUGACGGACUCUUCUAUCUCCUUACCG